AUGGCAGACUCUGAAAACCCGCUCCCUGCUUCAGAAACCCCUGUGGCGCCUGAAAGUCAAGCGUCUAGUGUGGAGAAGCCCGUGAGCCCCGCGGGGAGUUCUCCGCCGGUGCCGUCUUCGUCGGCGAUGGGCGAUACUCAACACAAGCUGCUGGCAGCUCUCAAAGCGACAGACUACAACAUCGAACGCCUUAAUAAACUCUUAUCGACAAGCUACGGUCAAGAACGAGCAUUUGCGGCGACCGGAUACCUCACCCAUGCGCUGCAUCACCUCAUUACUUCCGCGCCAUGGAUUGCGGCCCAGGCACGCCUGGGUCUUCUUGCCCGGUUGAACAACCGUACAAAAGCCACCGGCGAGGCCACCACUCCGGCCUCCUCCCGACUCCUUGCCCUCUCCGCGCUUAUGUCUGAGACUCGUUAUACCCUCCGCCUGCUUGAUCUCAUCCCUCUCUGGAGUUGGGGCUCGGCCACGCUGAAAUCACCCCCUUCGGAUCCCGUCAUCCGCAACCUGACUCUGGCCCAGGUCGCCGUGAAUAUGAUCUACCAGUUCCUCGAGAACGUCGGCUACCUCGCAUCCAAGGGUAUCAUUUCGAAAAAAUGGAUUGAUCGGUACGGAGGUAUCGACAAGUGGUAUCUGUGGAGUAUCCGAGCCUGGUUCGGCCACAUCUUCUUCCAGUUCUUCGUGUUGUGGAGACAAGCGUUCUUGCGGAGGCAGAAGAUUGCGAAAGACCCGGCAAGGGCACAGACAAAGGAGGGUCAGGAGGAGCUGAAGGCCGAAGUUCGGGCCUGGAAGAAGAGUCUGGUGAACAACGUGUGCUGGGCUCCGUUGUGUCUUCACUGGAGUGUGGAGAAGGGUGUUGGGAUUCCUGGCAGUUUGUCUGGAGUUAUCAGUUUCAUGGCCGGUGCUUGGGGUUUCUAUGAUCUCUGGGCUGCGACUGGGAAGUCAUGA